CGGACAUUGUCUCCAUUUCCAAGAUGGCUGCCAGACUGAUUGGACGACUAGCACCCCAAAUAACACAAAUCUGCAGCAGAAAAAUACUGCUAUCCAAACCCCAAAAUGCUGCUCCUCUCUAUCACUUCACGAGGAGGAUGCUGUCAUUGAGUAGAGCCGCCGAGAUGAGCAAAGCCGUGAUCCAAAAACCUGCCCCACCAUUUGCAGGCACAGCCGUCAACAAACAUGGUGAAUUCGUCGACGUCAAACUCUCAGACUACAAAGGAAAAUAUGUGGUUCUAUUCUUUUACCCGCUCGAUUUUACCUUUGUGUGCCCAACUGAAAUCAUUGCAUUUAGUGACCGUGUAGAGGAGUUCAAGGCUAUAAACUGUGAAGUUAUUGCUUGCUCAGUUGAUUCUCAGUAUUCCCACUUGGCCUGGACAAAUGUGCCAAGRAAGAAGGGAGGUAUUGGUACAAUUAAUGUGCCAAUCUUGUCUGACCUCACAAAGCAAAUCUCUAGAGACUAUGGUGUACUUCUUGAAGAACAAGGUGUUGCUCUAAGGGGUUUGUUUAUUAUUGAUGACAAAGGCAUCCUACGUCAAAUCACUGUCAAUGACCUWCCUGUUGGCCGUUCAGUUGAUGAGACCCUACGACUGAUCCAAGCRUUCCAGUUUACUGACAAACAUGGAGAAGUCUGCCCUGCUGGAUGGCGCCCAGGUUCUGAUACAAUUGURCCAGAGCCAGGCAAGAGUGACAAGUAUUUUAGCAAGACAAAUUAAAACCUGGCGUGUCACCAUGCCACUCUCUUCUAACCUAGUUUUGUUUAGUUUUGUUAAAUAUCUUUUACUAUCUGUACAGUCUUGCACAAUCAAUAAAGAAUAUAGAAAAUUUCC